AUGUCGCAUAGUAACGGGUACAUGGUUGCGACGGGGGAUAAGAAGAAGGCGACUCAACCGUCAUGGAACUGGGUGCUUAUAGACGCGACGGGAGAGUGCAAGGCGCUUGAUGUUGACAAGUAUGCUGUCAUGCACCGUGUUCAGAUUCACGCUCGUGAUCUCAGGAUUAUUGACCCGAAUCUAUCUUACCCUUCCGCUAUUCUUGCUCGAGAGAGCGCCAUUGUGCUUAAUUUGGAGCAUAUCAAGGCGAUCAUCACUUCUGAUGAGGUUUUGCUUCGGGAUCCAUCACAUGAAAGUGUUAUCCCCAUUGUGAAGGAGCUUGAAAGACGCUUACCUGUUGGAAACCAAGUAAACCAUGGUCAAGGAGAUGGGAAAGAGAGCUCAGCUGCACAUAAUGACACUGAUGCUGGUGAAGAAGAUGAAUCCCCAUUUGAAUUCCGUGCACUGGAAGUUUUCUUGGAAGCAAUAUGUAGCUUUUUAGCUGCAAGGACGACAGAGUUAGAAACAUCUGCUUAUCCUGCUUUGGAUGUGCUUACCUCAAAGAUUUGUAGCGGUAAUUUGGAUAGAGUUCGGAAGUUAAAGAGUGCCACGACUCGGUUGACAGCUCGAGUUCAAAAGGUGAGAGAUGCGCUUGAACAUUUGCUGGAGGAUGACGAUGAUAUGGCUGAUCUUUACCUUUCAAGGAAACUCUCUACUGCUUCCUCAGUAGCUAGUAGUCCAAAUUGUUAUCUUACUUCCCCAACAAUAUGCUGUAAGAUGUCAAGAGCUAGUGUAGCCACAGUUCGUGAGGAUGAAAAUGAUGUUGAACAACUUGAAAUGUUGCUCGAGGCAUACUUCAUGCAAAUCGACAGCACUUUGAACAAAUUAACAACACUACGUGAGUAUAUCCAAGACACUGAUGAUUUCAUUAACAUUCAGAUGGACUAUCGUCGUAAUCAGCUGAUUCAGUUGGAGGUUUUCUUAGGUUCUGGAACCGCUUGCUCAGCGUUUUACUCUCUUAUCGCUGGAAUUUUCGGGAUGAACAUUCCAUACACAUGGAAUGAUAACCAUGGCUACAUGUUCAAAUGGGUUUGUAUCGUGACGGGUGCAAUUUGUGUGAUCUCGUUAGUAUUCAUAAUGUCGUACGCUCGGUUCAAACGACUUAUGUGA